AUGGUGUUUGAUGCAAAUAUUCUACAAGAAAAAUUAAUCGAAGCUUGGAAACUCCGUUCUGAUGAAACAAGUUUUUCAGCAUCAAUUUCACCAUUAGUUGCUGAAUGUCGAUCAGAAGAAGAAUUUCGAACAUUAUUUACAAAACAAAUUCUUGAACAUAUUGAUUCAGCAACUUCAUCAAGUCUUCUUCAAUCAUAUUUUAAAUUUCAUACAAGAUCUGGUUAUAUUAAUGAAUCAUUAGUUAUUGAACGACUUCUUUCAUUAAAACCUUCAUCAUCAUCAAUUAUAGAUGAUGUACAGAUUAAAUUUUUACUUGAAUUAUUAUCAGAUACACUUAAAACAAUGCAUGUUAAUGCUGAACAAGCACCACGUCUUGGUAAACAAAUAAAUUUACUUGCAAAAUGGCUUUGUUCAGCAUUAUGUAUUUAUUCAAAUGAAGAAAUGACUCCAACUGGAAACGAAAUGAUUAUAGUAGUUUCAAAUUUAUUUCUUUUAUUUUUUACAAAUACAACUUAUUAUUGUCUUUGGUUAAUGACUAUAAAAGCACAAAAAGAACAAACAGAAUGGAGACAAUUACAAGAACAAUUAACUAAAAUUGCACAAAGAACGACAAUAGGAGAAUCUGCAAGACCAGAUGUUUAUGAGCAAAUUCUUUCUAAAAUAACUCGUCUACAUUUAUCAGAUGAUUUUCAUCAAGAAGAAGUCGAAUUUAAUCCAUGUAUAUUUAAUACAAUUGUUUCAAUGCUUGUCGUAAAUCAACUUCAUAAAUCAUCAUCAAUUCUUUUAAUUGUUAUUCGAUUUUAUGAACAUGUUUCAACAAUGUCAAAUCCUUCAUUACUUUAUUUACGUUUACUUCAAGCAUCAUUUGGUGGUUAUGUAUCAUCAAUAUCAACAAAUAAUACUGAAUAUCAACAACGUUGGUCAGCAUUUAUUUUUUUUCAAUUACCACGUUUAUUAGCAUCAAGUAUUGAAACACAAAUUGAUCAUGUUAAACAAGCAUUAGAAAAUUUUUUAUUAUAUAAUGAAUAUUUACUUAAUCGUAUGGAUGAAUUAUGUUUAGAAAAUGUUUUAGAACAAAUAUUACAAACAACAUUAAAUUAUAUUAAAAAUGAUAUAAGAGAAAAAAAUCAAAAUACAUUAAAUCAAUUAAUUUUUUAUAUACAAAAUAUACGUGGACCAUUUGUUAAACGAAUUCAAGAAUAUUAUCGUAAUCAACAAACACAUUCCUAUUCAUAUCAAAUUCUUCAAUUACAACGUUCUCUUGAACAAUCAUUAUAUAAAAUUUUUUCAUCAGAUUUAUCAAUAAAUAAUGAAGAAAAUUUACAAAUAUUAAUUAAUAAUUUAAUUGAAUAUAUUCCAUUAAUAUGUGCACUUGAUCAAUAUUAUUCAUUUAUUCGUUUACUUUUAUCAUAUACACAAACACAAUUUGAUCUUGCUAUAUUAAUGCUUUGUUAUAUAACAUCAAUAACUGAUGAUAUAUCAGAAGACUUUGGUCAUUUAGAUUUAAAUUCUGAUAAAUCAUCAUCAUCAUUUAUUUUAUAUAUAUGGUUAAAAAAAUAUUGGUUAUCACGUUAUCUUGGUCAUGCUUUAUUUUCAUCAUCACUUGAUUCAAUUGAAUUAAUAUCAACAACAAAUAAUCCAUUUGAUGAUUUAUCAUUAAAAGAAAAAGAUGAAUUUUUAAAUGAAAUUCGAACAAUAAAUAAUGAAAAUAUUCAACGAAAAUAUUCAAAUAUUGAAUAUUUAUCAAAAACAAUAUAUUUACUUGGUGAACUUCCAUCAUUAUCAUUAGAUGAAACAAAACAAACUGUUUUAGCAAUAAUUAAUUAUUUAACACAAGUAUCAUAUGGUUCACUUGUACAUGUACUUCUUUGGCUUAUUGCUAAUUAUCAAAUUGCUAAUGAUGAUGAAAGAGUAUGGAUUCAAAAUAUUAUUCAUACUAUGGGUACAUCAAUUGAUUCAACAUCAACAAUAUCUUCUUUAUUUGAUGCUAUAAAACGUCAAUUAUGGUCAGAUUUUAUUGAUAAUUCUAUAUUUCCAUAUUAUACACUUCUUUCUCCAAUACCAUCAUCAUCAAUUAUUAAUAAUUAUACUCCAUCAUCACCUCAAACAGCAACAACAUUAAUUUUAACAUUAUUUGAUAUAUAUUUAACAAAUGAAUUUCUUGAUUGUGAACAAUCACGUGGUUUAUAUAUUUGUUCAAAAUAUGUUCCAAUUAAUUUAAUAUUAAUACGUUUAUUAACAAAUAUAAAUACAUCAAAUGGUAUAUAUGAAACAUGUCGUGGAAUUUUUUUUAUAUUUGGUUUUAUUUUAUUUCGACGACGUUCAUCAACACGUUGUCUUUUACAACAAGUUUUACCUUAUUUAAUAAAUAUUAAAUCAAAUGAAUUUAUGCUUGAACCAAAUGUUUAUAGUAUGUGUUUAUUAUUAAAUAUAUUAUUAUUACUUGAACUUAAUACAAAAAAUGAUCAAUUAGAAGAUUUAUUUCAUGUUAAAUCAUGGAAACAAAUUUAUCAACCAAUUGAUUCAAUGUUAUUUGAUACAAUUGAUGAUAAUUAUCAUAAUAUUAUACCGAAAUCUGAAGAUAUAACUGUUUUAAAUGUUUAUCAUGAAUUUUUAGAUUGGUCAUCAAAAGAACUUUUUUCUAGUGAUAAUGUUCGACCAGUAAAUUAUUUUCUUGGUUGGUUACAAACUAUUCUUUGGAUGUUUAGUCGAACAACUAAAUCACUUAAACAAUUUAUUAAACCAAAAUUAAUUGCACAAUUAUCAGAAUAUUUACCAUUACAAUUUCCAAUUGAAAAAGUUUUAAGUAUAUUAGAUUUAUCAAAUGAUAUUGAACUUGAAUAUGCUUCAAUGGCUAUAACACGUGAUUAUAGACAUUUACAAAUAUCAAAUAAACGAGUAACAACAAAUCUUAUACAUAAUCAACAAGUAAUACAUGAUGAAAAUAAUCCAGCAAUACCGGUGAAUGUAACAAAAAAUAUUUACACAAUACCAAAAAAUCUUUAG